AUGUCCGGAGACCACCCGUUGAGCGUCACGGUCGAGACCCCGACUGCCGGCAAGUACGAGCAGCCAACUGGCCUCUUCAUCAACAAUGAGUUCGUAAAGGCCCAGGACGGCAAGACCUUCGAGGUCAUCAACCCCACCGACGAGAGCGUCACCUGCUCCGUCUACGAGGCCACCGAGAAGGAUGUCGACAUCGCCGUGUCGGCCGCCCGCAAGGCCUUCGAGGGCCCCUGGAGGAAGGAGACGCCCGAGAACCGCGGCAAGGUCCUCGUCAAGCUCGCCGACCUGUUCGAGAAGAACCUCGACCUCCUGGCGUCCGUGGAGGCGCUCGACAACGGCAAGGCUGUCAGCAUGGCCAAGGUCGACAUCGGCAUGGCUGCGGGCUGCUUGAGGUACUACGGCGGCUGGGCCGACAAGAUUGAGGGCAAGGUCACCGACACUGGCCCUGAUACCUUCAACUACAUCAAGAAGGAGCCUAUUGGUGUCUGCGGGCAGAUCAUUCCAUGGAACUUCCCUCUUCUCAUGUGGUCGUGGAAGAUCGGCCCCGCCAUCGCCUGCGGCAACACCGUCGUCCUUAAGACCGCCGAGCAGACUCCCCUCGGCGGCCUGGUCGCGGCCAAGCUCGUCAAGGAGGCCGGCUUCCCACCAGGCGUCAUCAACGUCAUCUCCGGCUUCGGCAAGACGGCCGGCGCGGCCAUCGCCUCGCACAUGGACGUCGACAAGGUCGCCUUCACCGGCUCGACCGUCACGGGCCGCACCAUCCUCAAGGCCUCCGCCGGCUCGAACUUGAAGAAGGUCACGCUCGAGCUCGGCGGCAAGUCGCCCAACAUUGUCUUCGACGACGCCGACAUCGACAACGCCAUCUCGUGGGUCAACUUUGGCAUCUUCUUCAACCAUGGCCAGUGCUGCUGUGCCGGGUCCAGGAUCUACGUGCAAGAGGGCAUCUACGACGAGUUCAUCAAGCGCUUCAAGGAGCGUGCGCAGAAGAACGUUGUCGGUGACCCCUUUGCCAAGGACACGUUCCAGGGCCCGCAGGUGUCGCAGCUGCAGUUUGACCGUAUCAUGGGCUACAUCAAGGCCGGCAAGGAAGCCGGCGCCAAGGUGGAAAUCGGCGGCAACCGCAAGGGCGACAAGGGCUACUUCAUCGAACCCACCAUCUUCUCCAACGUCACCGAGGAUAUGAAGAUCAUGCAAGAGGAAAUCUUCGGCCCCGUCUGCUCCAUCUCCAAGUUCAAGACGAAGGACGAAGUCAUCGCCACCGGCAACAAGACCACCUACGGCCUGGCCGCCGCCGUGCACACGCGGAACCUGAACACCGCGAUUGAAGUGAGCAAUGCGUUGAAGGCGGGCACGGUGUGGGUGAACACGUACAACACGCUGCAUCACCAGAUGCCGUUUGGUGGGUACAAGGAGAGCGGACAGGGACGGGAGUUGGGCGAGGCGGCGUUGGAUAACUACACGCAGACGAAGACGGUGAGUAUUCGGUUGGGGGAUGCGUUGUUCGGUUAG